UGAUGAGGCUUAUUAAUGGAGGAAAAGAAAAGCAGUGUUUCCUCUGACCUGAAUCUCUGUGAAGAGAAAGAGGGAGAGCGAUUUCGAAAUGUCCCAUCUCCAGAUCCCAGCUUUGUGUCUAUGAAGAGUAGCAGAUCCAUUAUUGAGCCCCCUGCUCUCAGUGUUGAAGCUGUGACCUUUGACCUCAGGCUGCAUGGUAUCGAAGCAGCCCUGCUGGAGACCACUGAAGAACUGCAGAAACGAGUAGAUGAUGAACUACAGAGAGUCAAAGAGCAGCACAAAACCAGCAUGAAGAACAAGUAUGAGAGAUUAUUUGAGGGACUGAAACUCCAGGAGAAUGAAAGCCUCCUGAACAGCAUCUACACACAGCUCUACAUCAUAGAGGGAGAGAGAGAAGUAGUGAAUGAAGAACAUGAGGUUUUACAGAUGGAGAAAACAGCCAGAACACAACACUCACAAGACACUCCAAUCUACUGCAAUGACAUCUUUAAAGCUUCCGCUGAAGCAGGAUCUGAGGAGAAAGAGCAGAUCAAGACUGUUCUUACUAAAGGCAUCGCUGGAAUUGGAAAAACCGUCUCUGUGCAGAAGUUCAUUCUGGACUGGGCCGAGGGAAAAGCCAAUCAGGAUGUAGAUUUCAUGUUUGUGCUUCCAUUUCGAGAGCUGAACUUGAUCCGAGAUCACCAGUACAGUCUUCACAGACUUCUGCUGGACUUUCAUCCUGAACUUCAAGAUCUGGACUCACAGAUUUAUGAGGAGUGUAAAGUUGUGUUCAUCUUUGAUGGUCUGGAUGAAAGCAGAAUCACACUGAUGUUUUCAGACGCUCAGAAAGUUUGUGAUGUGACUGAGACUUCAUCAGUGGCUGUGUUGAUGUCAAAGCUGAUGAAAGGAGAGCUGCUUCCCUCUGCUCUCAUCUGGAUCACCUCCAGACCAGCAGCAGUCAAUCAGAUCCCCUCCAAAUACAUCCACCGUCUGACAGAAAUUCAGGGAUUCACUGAGCCUCAGAAGGAGGAAUAUUUCAGGAAGAGAAUCAGUGAUGAGCAUCAAGCCAGCAGAAUCAUCUCACACAUCAGAAGAGCAAGAAGCCUCCACAUCAUGUGCCACAUCCCCGUCUUCUGCUGGAUCUCAUCCACUGUGCUUCAGAAGCUCCUGGAAGAAGAUCUGAGUGCAGAAAUCCCUCAAACUCUGACUGAAAUGUACAUCCACUUCCUGCUGAUUCAGAUCAACAUGAGGAAGCAGAAGUAUGAAGAGAGAGAUCCAGAGAAACUCCUGCCAUCCAACAGAGAAGUGAUUGUGAAACUUGCUGAAGUGGCUUUCAAACAGCUGAUGAAGGGCAAUGUGAUGUUCUAUGAGGAGGACCUGAUUGAGAGCAGCAUAGACGUCACUGAUGCCUUAGUGUAUUCUGGGAUUUGCACUGAGAUCUUUAAGCAGGAAUCUGUGAUUCAUCAGAGGAAAGUCUACAGCUUUAUCCAUCUGAGCGUUCAGGAGUUUCUCGCUGCUUUGUAUGUUUUUUAUUACCACAUGUGCAGCACAACAGAAGCAUGUUUUGAUUCACUGCACUAUUUAUACAUAAGAGUAGUAGAUAAAGCUCUCAAGAGUGAAAAUGGACAUCUGGAUCUGUUCCUGCGGUUCCUGCUGGGCGUCUCACUGGAGUCCAAUCAGAGACUCUUACAGGAUCUACUGACACACACAGAGAACAGCUCAGAGACCAUCAGGGAAACCACACAGUAUAUUAAGCAGAAGAUCAAAGAUGGACAUGGACUCUCCAGUGAACGAUCCAUCAAUCUGUUCCUCUGUCUGCUGGAAGUGAAAGAUCAGACUCUGUUUAGAGAGAUUCAGGAGUUUGUGAAAUCAGACAAAAACUCAGAGAAGAAACUCUCUCCUGGUCACUGCUCAACAAUCUCCUACAUGCUUCAGAUGUCAGAGGAACUGAUGGAUGAGCUGGAACUCAUGAAAUACAACACAUCAGAUGAGGGCAGAAGAAGACUGAUACCAGCUGUGAUCAACUGCAGAAAAGCUUUUCUCGUUGGCUGCAAUCUCACCGUUCAACAUUGUGAAAUAAUGUCAUCAGCUCUUCAAUCCUCAAACUGUGUCCUGAGAGAGCUGGAUCUGAGGAACAAUGACCUGCAGGACUCUGGAGUGAAGAUUAUUUCUGAUGGACUGAAGUGUCCAAACUGUCAACUGCAGAUACUGAGGUUGUCUGGCUGUAUGGUGACAGAGGAAGGCUGUGGUUAUUUGUCUUCAGCUCUGAGUUCAAACCCCUCACACCUGAGAGAGCUGGAUCUGAGCUACAAUCACCCAGGACAAUCAGGAGUCCAGCUGCUCAAACACAAACUGCAGGAUCCAAACUAUAAACUGCAGAUACUCAAUUUGGAUCACGGAGGGCCCUUCAGAAUCACACCAGGACUAAGAAAAUAUGCCUGUGAUCUCACACUGGAUCCAAACACAGCACACACACAACUCAUCCUGUCUGAUGAGAACAGAAAGAUCUCAUAUGUGGAAGAUCAUCAGCAGUAUCCUGAUCAUCCAGAGAGAUUUGCUGAUAUUCCCCAGGUAUUGUGUCGAGAGAGUCUGACUGGACGCUGUUACUGGGAGGUUGAAUGGAGAUCUUGGGCUCGUAUAGCAGUGACAUAUAAAGGAAUCAGCAGGAAAGAUGGGACUGUCUGUAAGUUUGGGUACAAUGACAAAUCCUGGAGUCUAUUCUGCACUGAGACUGGAUUUGCUUUAUGGCAUAACAAUAAGGCCAAUAAAAUACCAACUCCUUUACCAUCUAAAAGAGUAGGAGUGUAUGUGGACUGGCCGGCUGGUACUCUGUCUUACUACAGUGUCUCUGACACACACACACUCACACACUUACACACGUUCAACACCACAUUCACUGAACCCCUCUAUGCAGGGUUUAAGGUGUAUGGUUCAUCACUGUCUCUGUGUCAGAUUUAACAACAAACACACUUU